AGGCCCACGCGCUGCGGCCAUGAGCCCAGUCGGCGCCGCACGUCUCUGCGCUGCCGGAGGCCGGUGCCCUGCUCUCCCAGCUUCGGCCCGCUAUGGCUCUCGGCACCGCCCGUCCCGCGCUGCCAGCGCUCCUGGCCCUGAUCGGAGCUCUGCUCCCAGGACUUGGAGGGGCCCAAACAUCAGUGCACCCCCUAGAAGCCAUCAUACCCCGAGGCGGCUCUGUGCAGGUGAACUGUAGUACUUCUUGUGACCAUCGCCCCUUCUUGGGCCUGGAGACGCAGCUGACUAAGAAGGAGGUCGCCCAGGGGGACAACUGGAAGAUCUUCGAACUGAGUGGUGUGCAGGAAGAUAGCACCCCAAUAUGCUUCUCAUACUGUCAAGCACAGACAAUGGUUUCGAUGUCUCUCACCGUGUACUGGUUCCCGGAGCGCGUGGAGUUGGCCCCCCUGCCCCGCUGGCAGCCCGUGGGCGAAAACCUCAUCCUGCGCUGCCAGGUGGCCGGCGGGGCGCCCCGGACCAACCUCACGGUGGUGCUGCUCCGCGGGGAGGAGGAGCUGAGCCGGCAGCCGGCCGUCGGGGAGCCCGCUGAGGCCACGGUCACGGUGCUGGCGGGCAGAGACGACCACCUCGCCAAUUUCUCGUGCCGCACGGAACUGGACUUGCGGUCCCGAGGGCUGGGUCUGUUCCAGAACAGCUCGGCCCCCAGGCAGCUCCGAACUUUCGUCCUGCCAGCGAUACACCCAAACCUUGCUACCCCCAGCGUUGUGGAAGCGGGCACAGAGUGGCCCGUGAACUGCACCAUGGACGGGCUGUUCCCAGCUUCGGAGGCCGAAGUCCGCCUGGAGCUGUCUGGCCGGAAUUUGCACCCCACAGUCACGCACAACAACGACUCCCUCUUGGCCACGGCCCAUGACAAGGCCAACAUGGAAGAGGAGGGCACCCAGCAGCUGUCGUGCGUGGUGACCCUGGGACACCAGAGCCGGUCGUGGCAGGAGAAUGUGACCAUCUACAGCUUCCCGGCUCCCAACCUGACCCUGAGUGAGCCAGAGGUCUCAGAACAGACUGUGGUGACCGUGGAGUGUGAAGCCCAGGCCGGGGCCCUGGUGAUGCUGAGCGGGGGGGUCCCGGCAAGGCUUCCAGGACCCAGGGCCCAGCUCCAACUAAAUGCCAGCGCCGAGGACAAUGGGCGCAUCUUCUUCUGCUCUGCUCUCCUGGAGGUGGCCGGGCAGGUGCUACACAAGAACCAGACCCGGGAGCUCCGUGUCCUGUAUGGUCCCCGACUAGACAAGAGGGAUUGUCUGGGAAACUGGACAUGGCAGGAAGGCUCCCAGCAGACCCUGACAUGCCAAGCUUGGGGAAAUCCGGUUCCUGAGCUGAAGUGUCGCCGGAAGGGGGAUAAUGCUCUGCUGCCCAUCGGGGACCUGAGACCUGUCACGCGGGAGGUUGCAGGCACUUACCUGUGUCAGGCCAGGAGCCCCCGUGGUGAGGUCACCCGUGAAGUGGUCGUGAACGUGAUCUACCACCGGAAUUACAUCCUCACCACCAUUCUGGUGACAGUUGCUUUCACCAUAGGAGCUGCGGGCCUAGCUGCUUACUUCUAUAACCGCCAGCGGAAGAUCCAGAAAUACAAGUUACAGAAGGCCCAGGAGGCGGCUGCCAUGAAGCUGAACACACCAGCCACGCCACCCUGAACCUGUCCCAGGACAGGGCCUCCUCCUCAGUCCCCCACACAGUGGCAGCGGUGCCACAUUGAACAAUGGUCCAUUCAGCUCCACCCACCUUCCCAGGACGCCCGAGGACAGGACAGAGGCCUCAGGAUACGGACAGCAUUGGGGAUCAAGGCGCAUGCACACUUAGGAUCCCCAAGCCUCACACCUGACCUGUAGUCACAGGACUGAGCCAUGAGGAGGGGGCGGGACUUGGGUCAUGACUGUGAGGGGUGCCAAAGCCUGACCAGACCAGAGGGGGUGUGGUGGGACACUUGACCUGGGACACCCAACUGCGAAACAGUGAAACUCACCCCUGCUGCGUGUGCUGAGGCCCCGCAGUCCUAGGGAGAAGUGGCCUGCACAAACACAUACAGCAUGGAAACAUAUCCCCAUCCUUCUUCUGACAUGCCAGCUCCAGUGCGGCUGUCCAUUGACUGUCCCCAACUUUUGAUGGAUGUAUUUAUUAAUUUGUUCUCUUAUGAGCUA